CCCCACUCCCUUCCCCUUGGUGGGGAGAGAGCCCAGGAGUCCCGCUCUCCUCUCUAGCCACUAGCUCCCACUCCCUUCCCCUCAGCGGGGAGAGAACCCAGGAGUCCUGGCUCCCAGCCCCCCAACUCCCUAGACCCCACUGCCCUCCCAGAGCCAGGCUAAAAUCCAGGCGUCUGAGCCCCCUCUAGCCCACUAGAGCCCCUGCCCCCCUGGCAGGGGCAGAGCAAGAACCCAGAAGUCCUGGCUGCAUUUUUGGACUUCCCAGACUGUCCGUCUUCCAGCCCCUGUGCUGGGCCGGGCCGCUGCCCCUCUGCCAGGGGAAACGUUGCUGCGCCAGUGUGACCCGUCUCUUCUCUUCGGAGAGCACUUGGCGGCUGAGCAGAGCAGCGAGUGGCCGAGGGGUGCCCCAGCUGUGGUCUCUGCCCGCCCCCACGCACGCACAUCACGUCCGCACCGCGCCCCACGCCCACCAUGGAGCUGCAGAAACUCGGGGAGCAGGAGGGGCUGAACGGGUCUGUCCCGGAGGGUGAAAAAGCCAGCAGCCUGGAGGACGGGGACCCCACGGCGGAGGCGGCCGAGCAGGAGGGUUUCCUGCCCCACGCCACCGGCAAGAAGCUGAGCCAGUUCACCGACUUCGAGGGGAAGACGUCGUUCGGGAUGUCGGUCUUCAACCUCAGCAACGCCAUCAUGGGCAGCGGCAUCCUGGGCCUGGCCUCUUUCGAGGGGAAGACGUCGUUCGGGAUGUCGGUCUUCAACCUCAGCAACGCCAUCAUGGGCAGCGGCAUCCUGGGCCUGGCCUACGCCAUGAGCAACACGGGCAUCGCGCUCUUCGUGUGA